CAGCUCUGCAGUCCUCCUAUGUGGUACUGAUCAGGUGGUUGCAGAGCUUCAGCUCACAGCAACACAAUGCAGCUGAGCAGGCAAGCACAGCCCACAGCCAGAAGCGGUUCCCACUCUCCAGAACAAGGCGACCUUUAAGCUUAAGUUUCGGAGAAAAUGAGAUGCUGCUGAAGACGACACUAUGGCUUUGAUGGAAUAUCAGAUAUUGAAAAUGUCUCCCAGCUUGUUCAUCCUUCUGUUUCUCACACCUGGUAUUUUAUGCAUUUGUCCUCUCCAAUGUAUAUGCACAGAGAGGCACAGGCAUGUGGACUGUUCAGGCAGAAACUUGACUACAUUACCAUCUGGACUGCAAGAGAAUAUUAUUCAUUUAAAUCUGUCUUAUAACCAUUUUACUGAUCUUCAUAACCAGUUAACCCAAUACACCAAUCUGAGGACCCUGGACAUUUCAAACAACAGGCUCGAAAGCCUGCCUGCUCAGUUACCUCGGUCCCUCUGGAACAUGUCUGCUGCUAACAACAACAUUAAACUGCUUGACAAAUCUGAUACUGCUUAUCAGUGGAACCUUAAAUAUCUGGAUGUUUCUAAGAAUAUGCUGGAAAAGGUUGUCCUCAUUAAAAAUACACUAAGAAGUCUUGAGGUUCUCAACCUCAGUAGUAACAAACUUUGGACAGUUCCAACCAAUAUGCCCUCCAAACUACAUAUCGUGGACCUGUCUAACAAUUCCUUGACACAAAUCCUUCCAGGAACAUUAACAAACCUGACAAAUCUCACACAUCUUUACCUGCACAAUAAUAAGUUCACAUUCAUCCCAGAUCAAGCUUUUGACCAACUCUUUCAGUUGCAAGAGAUAACCCUUUACAAUAACAGGUGGUCAUGUGACCACAAACAAAACAUCACUUACUUACUGAAGUGGAUGAUGGAAACAAAAGCCCAUGUGAUAGGGACUCCCUGUUCUAGCCAAAUAUCAUCUUUGAAGGAACAUAACAUAUAUCCCACACCUUCUGGAUUUACCUCAAGCUUGUUCACUGUAAGUGGGAUGCAGACAGUGGACACCAUUAACUCUCUGAGUAUGGUAACUCAACCCAAAGUGACCAAAACACCCAAACAAUAUCGAACAAAGGAAACAACGUUUGGUGCCACUCUAAGCAAAGACACCACCUUUGCUAGCACUGACAAGGCUUUUGUGCCCUACCCAGAAGAGACAUCCAUAGAAACCAUCAAUUCACACGAAGCAGCAGCUGCAACUCUAACUAUUCAUCUCCAAGAUGGAAUGGUUACAAACACAAGCCUCACUAGCUCAACAAAAUCAUCCCCAACACCCAUGACCCUAAGUAUUACUAGUGGCAUGCCAAAUAACUUCUCUGAAAUGCCUCAACAAAGCACAACCCUUAACUUACGGAGGGAAGAGACAACCACAAAUGUAAAGACUCGCUUACCUUCUGUGGCAAGUGCGUGGAAAGUAAAUGCUUCAUUUCUCUUAAUGCUCAAUGCUGUGGUCAUGCUGGCUGUUUGAGGGUCUGCAUUUUUUGAAACUAAUGAAAGAACUCCUCCCUGAUGUAUAGUUGGGAAAAUAUGCCCCUAUCUAACCAGUGAUUCAAGCUAUUUAAGUAUUCAAGAAAGUCAGUCUUACAUUUCUGACUCUGAUGUAAAUGAAGUAACUUGUCUUAAAUAAAAGAAGUGCACAAUGUCUUGGUACUUGCUGCUAUUUUAUUGUCUUAAUUAAGUAAAACUAAUGAGUUUCUUUCUUUUUAAUGAAAUGUUUUCUUUUUAAGGCUUCAAUUUAUUGCACAAAAUAUAAAGCAUCUAAACUUUAAUAUGUAUUUUAUGUAUGUUUACACUGUCAAACACCCGGGGAAAAAAAUAAAUAAAAGGUCUAUGCUCGUAACUGUG